GCCAAAGACAAGGGGGAUUUGAUAUUCUCUGGUCCAAAAGUGGUGGCGCCUAUAUAAGUAGAAUCUCACGCACUGCUAUCAGCGACUCUCCCAUUAGGCAAACUCGACCACACUUGGCUAAAUAUGACGUCGUUUCUGAAUGACAUUUUGCCCUAAAGCGCAGAAAUCAUAUGUUAGCUUGUGUUUACAUUCGGAUUACCCGUCAUUUUCUGUCCUCGUAUUUAGUUAAUUGUCCUGCCUCACCAUGCAAAAGCCUCCACAACGUGAUAUUAUCAAAAUUAUCUUCCAAAAUUUUAUCAACUCUCUGAAACCCCGGCAAAUUCGAGGCAAUUAUAUUGGGGAAGAUUAUUUUGGUAAUAAGUAUUAUGAAAUACCGGCGAACCCGUCAAUUGGGAAACGGAAGCCUUCGCGCUGGUUCGAACCCGCUGAAAAGAAUGCUUUUGAUCAAGAGCUCACAGCUGAAUGGGAGGCGUGGUUACGUGGACGCAGGAACGAUCCACCUACUCGCGAGGAAUUAGUCCGAAAUUUACAGAUCAUAGAAAUGAAAAAACGAAACGCUGCUGAAUUAGAACAGAAGUACGGGAAACCAAGCGGCCAGGAAGAGCUGCCAAGGGAGCAAAAAGGAUUGGCAUCUUUUCCUCAAUAUGAAGAAUAUGAGAAAAUUCCAGGAAAGGAUCCAAAAAUUAAAUCAUAACAAUCAAACUAUCCUGUAGAGAUUGUAAUUUAAUUCACUUGAGCAACAAUGGAUGAAUAAAGUAGUAUAAACAAG